GCAAAACCCCUUUUCGUUGCGAAGCGAGCGAUGACGGGAGGUCGCCGGCGAACCGCUCGCGGCGGCGCCGCGGCGGCGGCGGCGGCGGAUCGCGACGCCGACGAGCCCCGGCGAGUGGGCGGCAGCGGCGGCGGCGGCGGCGCGCCCGGGAAGCGGCGGAGGGGGAGUGGUGGCGGCGACCAUGGCCGCAUCCGCUUGAUGGACGUGAGCCUGGGAACCCUCCUAGGGCUAGGGUUAGGGUUUCUGGCCCUCCUCCUCGUCUCUCUUCUCGUGUAUAACUACCGCUGGGGAUCGAAGGAGGAGGAUGCGGCGGUGAGGAAGGUGAUGAGGGUCGUGACGCCGUUGCCGGCGCCGAAGAUGAUUGAGCUUCCUCAGUUUCAAGGGGAGCACAAGGAGAGCUUGUACUGGGGGACCUACCGACCCCAUGUUUACCUCGGGAUUCGUGCCAGAACACACCGGUCACUAAUUGCUGGAUUAAUGUGGCUUGGCACAAAGAAUGGACAAUAUUUUCUGCGUCAUGUUUGCCAAGAUUCUGAUGAACUUAGUAUAUAUGGGUGGACGGAUCACAAUGGUAGAGAUUAUGGACGCCAAGUGUUGAUCGAUCACGGCUUGUCUUUGACUACUAGUUUUUUGAAAGAGAGAGGAAAAGGCAGUGGAUAUGGAGGGGAUUGGGCUGUUAGACUGGAAGCGCAGGAUGAGAAGUCAAGUUUAACUGAACCUAAAGAGGGAGCUGUUCAUUUAUUCUUUUACUUGGCUGAUGAAGAAGGAAAAUCAUUUGAUAUGGGUAGACAAGACUUUGAGCAUCGCAAUACCAUCCUUUUGGCAUCUGGGACCCGAAACGAUGUUGGUAGUUGGGAGCUGCAUCUACAAUCGACCGAUAAUCUGGAAAAACGAAUUGCUGGUUACAGAUCUCUUCAUAUGCACAAUUUAACUGAACUAGUCCAGGGUACUCUUGCAAGCCAUGCAAGGAGAACGGGGUUCGUGCAACUGCCAGACAUAGUUGAAGACUCUCCAAACAUUAUGGUUUAUCAGAUUUCUGUUAAGCUCCCUGCGAAAAUUGAUAUAGUGUUUGUAUCUGGAACUGAUUCAACAAGUUCGAGGAUAGAAGAACGAAUCAACAGCCUUACAGGUGUCUUUUUGACCAGUCGCUUGGAAGAGAAACAAAAGGAUUUUGAAGACAAAUAUGCGAGAUGCUUCAAUGUGAAGGACGAGGAUGAUUCUGAAGAAAUAUCUGUUGGUAGGGCGGCGAUAGGCAAUCUUCUUGGUGGCAUUGGCUAUUUCUAUGGCCAGUCGAGAAUUGCUCUGCCGAAAGGCCUCACUCAAAAGAAUGGUGAUAAAUCCAUUUCUUAUUGGCCAGCUGCACUUUUUACUGCUGUUCCCAGUAGAUCGUUCUUUCCGAGGGGAUUUUUGUGGGACGAAGGCUUUCAUCAGCUCAUCGUUUGGCGCUGGGAUGUUGAUAUGUGCAUGGAUAUAAUUGGGCAUUGGUUAGAUCUUAUUAAUAUAGAUGGGUGGAUUCCUCGUGAGCAAAUCCUAGGAGCUGAAGCGUUGAGUAAAGUUCCUGAUGAAUUUGUUCUCCAGCAUCCAUCGAAUGGGAACCCACCGACUUUAUUCCUAGCUCUACGAGAGUUGGCAAGUGGUAUAAAUACAAGCAGCUUUUCAAGUGAGGAAACCAAGAAGAUCUCUGCAUUCCUAGAAAGAGCUUACAUUCGCUUGAAUGCAUGGUUUCAAUGGUUCAAUACCAUACAAUCUGGGAAGCAUAAAGGCACCUUUUAUUGGCAUGGAAGAGACAACACAACAAGAAGGGAAUUGAAUCCUAAGACUUUGACAUCUGGGUUAGACGAUUACCCUCGCGCAUCUCACCCUAAUGAUGAGGAGCGCCAUGUAGAUCUGAGAUGUUGGAUGCUUCUAGCUUCGGAUUGCAUGCAUUCAAUUGCAGAGCAUCUCAACAUGAAAAGCGAUUUAGAAAAGGAUUAUAAUUUGAUGUCCAAACAACUUUCAAACUUUGAGGUCCUCAAUCAGAUGCAUUUGGAUGAUACUUCUGGAGCAUACUAUGAUUUUGGGAACCACACAGAGAAGGUUCGCCUGAGAUGGUACGAGGUAAGAAGCAACGAGAUGAUGAAAAGAGAGCUCUUAAGAGAAACCCUGGAAAAGCCUCAGCUACAAUUGGUUCCCCAUGUUGGUUAUGUGAGCCUUUUCCCAUUUAUGAUGGGUAUCAUUCCACCUGAAUCGUGGAUUCUUGAAAAACAGCUAGAUCUUAUCUCCAACCGCUCAAUCUUGUGGACUGAUUACGGACUUCGUUCGCUUUCCAAAACAAGCUCGUUGUACAUGAAACGCAAUACGGAGCACGACCCGCCAUAUUGGAGAGGCCCCAUUUGGAUGAACAUGAACUACAUGAUUCUUUCGGCACUAAAUCAUUAUGCACAAGAGGAUGGACCGUACAAGGCGAGAGCAGGAGAAUUGUACCAGGAGCUCAGGUCUAACUUGAUCAGGAACGUUGUGCGGAACUACUACGAAAGUGGCUUCUUGUGGGAAAAUUACGACCAAAAGAACAAGGGAAAGGGCAAAGGCGCGCGGCCUUUUACCGGUUGGACCUCGCUCGUGGUCUUGAUGAUGGCGGAGGCGUAUCCGAGCCUACACAGAUGA